ACCGGGAUGGACAUUCAAUCAUACUCAACCGUCAAGCAACAUUAGCAACUUCUUCUAGCUCUUCGGCAGAACCACUCAAACAAACCCCAAAUCAAAAUGUUUGCCAAACUGAUCGUCCUUGCGCUCGCCAUCGCUGCCGUGGCUGCCCGUCCAGGGAUCUCGGCCGUCACCAGCUAUAGCUCACCAACAGUGGUUAGUGGCUUCGCCCCAGCUGUGGUCGCUGCUCGUAGCCCGUACGUCACCAGCACCUACAACGGAGUCGCUGCCCCGGUUGCUUACUCCAGCUAUGCUGCUGCCCCAGUUGCUUACUCCAGCUAUGCUGCCACCCCGGUUGCUUACUCCAACUACGCUGCCCCACGCUUCUCUGCUUAUGCCGCUCCAGGUGUCUCUGCCUACGCUGCUCCGGUGUCCUCGUACUCCUAUGGAUCUCCUCUGACUUACUCGACCUACGGAGCUUCUCCAUAUACCGUCUACUAAAGAGGUACCAAAGCCUGGAAUUCGAAUCAACUGGCUAACGAAAUACUACCGAACCUAUUACAAACCACUGCUAUUGCUGAAAAACAUAGCAUAAACUCUGCGCGGAUUUGAAAAUUUACGAAUAGACUCAUGGAAAUACACGUUGAAACAAUUUGAAA